GUGAUUUGUUGAGCCGUCCCGAGAUCGCCGACACCAACAGUUGCAAGUAUAAAACUGGAGUCCCAGCCUACCUCUCAAAGUUUCUCAUCCCACAAUCAGAUCAAUCAAUUUCACCACCUUACCUUCCAAACCAACAACAACCGGUACGAUGCCGUGAAGGAAGCUGUCGGGGUUUCAUACCCCUCCUCUUCGCCUUCCGGGUUAUCAGGAUCAAGUAACGUCGAUAUGACAUCGUCAGGUAUUUUCUCGAAUCUGAAGCAUGCAUGGCGGGUGUUCAAGCUCGUUACUUAGCCGUCGUGUCUGUCCGAGAGCUCAACACUCCAGGCAGACACGGCGGUUCGGUGAUGGGCUUGUUCUGAGAUUAUACCGUUUAAACUUGAUCUGGAUAAUUCCAGCGAAAGGACAAGCUGCUUCUUGAACCCCUCCCCCGCGCCUCUGGCGUACUGACCUUCCUAGCUUCGCGUGAAUCAAGCCAAGAUGUCUACUGACAAGAUCACCUUCUUGACCAACUGGCACGCCACCCCGUACCACGCCCCCCUCUACCUCGCCCAGAGCAAGGGCUACUUUGCCGACGAAGGCAUCAAAGUCGCGCUCCUCGAGCCCAACGAUCCCAGCGAUGUCACUGAGAUCAUCGGCUCGGGCAAAGUCGAUCUCGGCUUCAAAGCCAUGAUCCACACCCUCGCCGCCUCCGCGCGCGGCUUCCCCGUGACCUCCAUCGGUUCACUCCUCAACGAGCCCUUCACCGGUGUCGUGUACCUGACCUCGUCGGGCAUAACCCCGGACUUCACGACCCUGCGCGGCAAGAAGAUCGGUUACGUGGGCGAGUUCGGCAAGAUCCAACUCGACGAGCUGACCGCGCACUACGGCAUGUCGCCCGCAGACUACACCGCCGUGCGCGUCGGCAUGAACGUCACCAAGGCCAUCAUCUCCGGCACCAUCGACGCCGGCAUCGGCCUCGAGAACGUGCAGAUGGUCGAGCUGGAGGAGUGGCUCGCCGCCCAGGGCCGCCCGCGCUCAGACGUGCGCAUGCUGCGCAUCGACGAGCUGGCGCAGCUCGGCUGCUGCUGCUUCUGCAGCAUCCUGUACAUUGGCAACGAUGCGUUUCUCGCCGCCCACCCCGAAAAAGUGCGCGCGUUCCUGCGCGCGUGCAAGCGCGCCACGGAUUUCGUGCUGGCGCAGCCCGAGGCCGCGUGGGCCGAGCUGGUCGACUUCAAGAGCGCGCUGGACUCGCCCACGAACCGCCGCAUUUUCGAGCGCAGUUUUGCGUAUUUCUCGCCCGAUCUGCAGAACGUCAAGAGGGACUGGGAGAAGGUGGCGCGGUAUGGCAAGCGCUUGGGCGUGCUGGAGGAGGCGUUUGUGCCAAACUAUACGAAUGAGUAUCUGCAGUGGGGGCUCGAGGCGGAUAGUGCGGAUCCCACGGGAGACCAGAAGAGGAUGGUGGCGUUGCAGGAGGAUGUCAAGGAGCAGGGUGGGUUUAAGCGGCUUGAGUCGGUGGCGGCUAAGACUAUUGUCGGUGCUGCUGCUGUGAAGGAGGUGUAGAUGGACUCUCCCGCUUACUCCGGAUAUG